AUGCCCCAGAGCCUGGGCUCUGUGACGGCGAGGCUUGACGACUUUGCCAGAUCGGGAGGCCAUGCAGAGCAUGGCGACUGGGAAAGAUGGGAAAUGGGUCGUGGAGCCGUGGGCUGUUGGCUUUGGUGGCGUACAUGCUCAGUGAUGGUGAAGGGUACCAGGGCUGUGUGCCGAUGGGGAUGCGCAGGGAAUGCCAUUGCCAAAGUGGUACGAGUGGUCAAGCCACAGACGCGGCCGGCAGCUGGAUACGUCGCCCUCACCGAAGGCGUUGGGCAGGGCGGUCAUGGGGGCGUCAAAAAAGCCUACCCAGAAUAG